AAGUCUCCUGCCUUGAGCGUGUGCUGUGUGACCAUCUUUAUUUUUGUUCUAGUUCUAGAUUUUCGUUUCUCAUUAUGAUUUUACGUAACAUGUUAACAUGUCACAUGCAAGCAAGUAUUUGUGUCCUUGAAUUGUGAUGCCUGUCUCUCAGUAUGAGCUUACAAGAGGCCGAGCCUCUCGGGCGGCAGGACCAGCCGUGGGCUGGACCCCCGAGGACGGACGCGCCGACGCCAGAUGACGACUCGGGCGUCGCGAAGGAGAACCGGCGCCAUGGCGGGUGCUGGCUGGUGCGCGGCCUGCGCUCCGUUUCCGUCGAGCCCGUCCUCUUCGCCUACAUGUUCGCCUUCAUGUUCACGUCCGUGGUGGAGCAGUCGUUUUACGUGGACCGCGCCUGCCGCGUGCACCUCAACUACUCGGACCACAUUUGUAGCCACAUCCAGGACCCCACCUUCAAGGAGGAACAGAACCGCGUUCAGGUUGAAGUGUCAUCCUUCCACCAGUACAACGGAAUCGUGUCCAACGUGGUCCCUUUCCUCCUCGCACCGUUCCUCGGCUCGUGGAGUGACCGGCGCGGCCGCAAGAUCCCCCUGCUGAUGGGGCUGGCCGGGCAGACCUACUACUUCGCCAUGUUCACCCUGGUGACCAUGCAGCCGACGUGGCGCUUGGAGAUGGUGCUGGGCUUGGCGAGCUUCCCCGCAGCGCUGACGGGCACCAACCUCGCCAUCUUCGCCGCAGCCUUCAGCUACAUGGCGGACAUCACCAGCACGGCGGACCGCACCCUGCGAAUCGCCAUCCUGGACGGCACCUACCUCGCCUCCAUGCCGACCGGCAUCGCGCUCGGGUCUUUCGUGUUCUCGUCUGUCGUGAAUAAGUCUUACACCUGGAUGUUCGCCAUAAGCACUUGCAUUUUGGCAUGUGCACUUCUCUACAGUUGUGUUCGACUUAAAUGGCGAACUGCAGAUUCACAAAGGUCACUGAAAGGAGUUAAUAUCUGCUCUGAUUUCUUUGAUUGGAAGCAUGUCACAGAAUCCAUUAGAGCCGUUAUACGACCUAGAGUCAACCACGGUCGUCUAUACCUUGUCUUAAUAAUAUUAUCAAUGGGACUUUACACUUUCCAACGAAAUGAGCGUCAAAUGUCUUAUUUAUAUACUCAGAAGAAAUUCGGUUGGACUCAAUCUGAAUAUAGUAAUUUCCGCACAUUUCAGACAGCUUUUUAUGUUGUGGUUACAUUUUUGGGAGCUCCAUCACUUACAAAGCUAUGUGGUCUUAAGGAUUCUGUUAUUGUUCUAAUGGGAGCCCCAGCUCAUGCAAUUGCAAGAGUUGUUUUUGCUGUAGCUGAAGUACCAUGGAUUUUUUAUCUGGGUGCCGCUGUUUCUUCUCUUGGUCCCACUGUGGCUCCUGUUCUUCGGUCAAUGACUUCAAAGGUAGUCUCCAUUGAAGAGAGAGGGAAAAUAUUUGCUAUCUUAACAGUGGCAGACAGUGCUGUGCCUCUUGUAUCUACUGUUAUUUACAGCCAAGUCUACAAUGCUACUGUGGAAGUAUACCCUGCUGCAAUUUAUUGGGUUACAGUUGCAUCAAUGGCGCUAGUGUUUAUUUUCAUAUUAUUUGUACAUCUUUCUAUGAAGAGGACGUUGUCUUCAGAUAUUCAGACAUUACACACCGAAGAAAAGUGAAGUACCUAUUUUGGGAUUGAGAAUAUUUUGAUAUAAGUUGCAGUACAAUGCAGCACUAUUUUUUUUAAAGCUGCUCUAUGGGUCUAUUAUGUGUACUUAAUUGUUAAAAUUGAACUUAAGUUUAGAAACAUUUGACCAGGAAAGUAUGGAAGACUUAUUGUAGAUAUUUUUGUGUGUUGUAUGUGUGUGAUAGUUAAAUCCUUCAUAAAGCAGCUGAACAUGUUCAUUCCCACUCUUUUCUUGUAUUGUAAGUUAUGAUUUGUUAUUGCAUGUUUGAAGAGUAUUAUGUUUUUUAGGCUUUAUUGUUUUAAUUUUUAAUCUCAUACAUGUUACUAGAUUAUGAGUUCUGUAGAGGGGUUUUACAAGUAUUUUUAAGGUCUACAAAAAUCAAAUUUUUACUUAAUCAUUGUGUAUUAGACUGUCUUCAUGUACAUUUUCUCAUUGCUCACAAAUAGUUAUAAAGAUUUAACAAUUUAAAAAUAUUAAAAAUAAAAUUAAUUGUUAAGAACAUAAAA